AUGAAUUUCGUUAGAGCUAUGCCCCGUCCCAUUGUUGUAUCUGGUCCAAGUGGUACAGGCAAGUCCACGUUAUUGAAAAAGCUGUUUGCAGAGUUUCCAGAUACCUUUGGUUUCUCAGUUUCAUCGACAACUAGAAAGCCUCGAGUCGGUGAGGUUGAGGGCAAGGAUUAUCAUUUUGUUUCUGUCGAUGAGUUUAAGUCGAUGAUUAAGCAAAACGAGUUCAUUGAGUGGGCAGAGUUCUCUGGAAACUAUUACGGCACCACAGUUGCUUCAGUAAAGGAUGUAAUGGAUGCCAAGAAAAUCUGUAUUUUAGAUAUCGAUAUGCAGGGCGUUAAAUCGGUCAAGAAUACCGAUUUAAAUGCGAGAUUGGUAUUCCUGGCUCCACCCUCGUUGGUUGCGUUGAAGGAAAGAUUGAUCGGAAGAGGCACUGAAACGGAGGAAUCAAUCAACAAGAGAAUUGCGGCAGCUGCUAAAGAACUUGAGUACGCUCAGUCAGGUGCCCAUGAUAGGAACAUUGUUAACGAUGACUUGGAAAAGGCUUAUUCAGAGUUGAAGGAAUUCAUCUUUUCACAAGAUUGA